AUGCAAACUUUCAGCUCAACAGACUCAAUAAAUGUUAAGGCUGGUGACAUGACAAUCAAGGGAAGCAGCGACGAACUUGCAACAGAAAUGCAACUGCGGGAAGAGAAGACAUGCCAGACUGCUGAUGAAAGCAAACGAGAGAUCAGUAUUGCUUUGAAAAUGUGGAAAGAGACUUUGGAAGCGGAAAACAAAAAAGAAAGCAAUUUGCAAGCUUUCAUGGAGCAACCAACGCAGAACCGACGACGAGGGCGACCUCGAAUUUAUAUUAAUGACGCUGAACUCCAAAGAAGUCGUCGCCACAGAGAGACUUCACAGCAGCGCAGCACCCGUUGGCUAGCAAACGCAGAGCAACAGCAACGAAGGCGACAGAACGAAAACGAUGAGCAACGUUCGGUCAGACGCUCAGCUAAUGCAGCGCUUCAGGAAAACAGACGCAAAAGCGAAGGCGUUGAACAACGUUUUGCUCGGCAGAUGGCAAGUGCAGACCGUCAGCAGAGGCGACGCCAAAGUGAAAACGAUAAUCAGCGGUCUGCUAGACUACUGGCGAACUUACAACGUCAGCAAAGGAGACGUCAAAGUGAGAACGAUGACCAGUGCUAG